UCUAUCCCUCGUAUCGCACCUCCGUAUGUAUUAAAUUUCACCCUUUUUUUUGUUGGUGCUCUCGACUGACUGGACUCAACAUUGAGCGACACUCUGUCCCUCUGCGCGCAUGACGUGUUUGGCCAUCGUAACAGCUAUCCCCCUCACAUACGUACAGUUCAUAAAACGGCGCACAGGCACUUUCAUACAUACAUUGCCGAACAGUAAUAACACACAGCCCAUGCAGUCAGAUCAUGCCUAUCAGCUGCCGGUCAGCAAUAUCACGUAUCACGUCUAUAGCCCCGAGGAUGAGCGAGCCAAGACCAUCUCUCGCCAGGCCUUCCAGCGGACCAUGGACACCUAUCAUGAAAACGAGCACUUGGCUGAUCUUUUCCAAGUGGAGCUCGAUAAGCGCGAGAGACUAGCCCAGGAACGCAAGGACCGCGAGAAAUCACUAAAGGUUCAGAACAAAAAGUCCUCGAAACGUUCCCAGCAGGGUCGCAGUCAAGAUCGAUCGCAACCUCAGCUGCCAGAGCGCCACUCUCUACGUCGACAUCUGCGGAAUUCGAGUGCCAAUACUAGCAGUAAUGGUACUGGUGAAAGGGGCAGAGAUACAGCAUCAGCCGACGCUUCCUUGGGGGACAGGUCUUUUGGCAGCAUGAAGCGCUCAAGGCGGAUUUCAGACAUAAGCAACAGCGAUAUUAGCGGCUACGGCGACGACGAUAUGCGGUUACCAGGACCAGAACCAACGUCGACUCAUCUCCAGUCGAGCUCAUCAUCUCGCCAUGGCGGUCUCGCUAUUCACCUCGCGCAAUCGAACGAGCGUUCCUUGUCCAGCUCUCCAGCCCUUCCUUUCACGCCAUCCCCACGGCUUACUCCAUCGGAUCCACGGAAUCAGAACCAGACAGGUGGUGAAUCAGGAACAGAUCUUUCUAAGCAAUCACCGAAUGAGCCGGGGCUCAACUCUUCCGCUUCCAGUCUGGCAUCGUCUUUUGUUACCGCUUCGGCAAUAUCUCUGCCAGGACAGAUGAUUGCUGGACGAAGGAAGCGGAAGCAAGCGAUACCCGUUCACCCUUCGGUAGUGGAACGCAUUCCCGGCAUAACGCUCAGGAUCCAACGAGAGAAGCAUGGGGACCAACUGCAGGUGGAGAUUCUUAAGAACCUGGAUGAUUACAAGACGCAGCCGGAUGGCGACAGCGGCGCGAAUUUGGAACUUCAGCAGACGCAGGAUAUUCGUAAGGUCCAGGAGUCCAUUGAGUCAGGUCGUCCAGGAUACGCCUUUUUUCCAGUACCUUCAUCUGGUUCAGACCUGCAACGGCUGGGCUCUCCGGACAUUCCAGAAUCUUCAGCGAAUCACGGAUAUGGUAGCCCAGUUAUAUUGCCCUGGAACCAGUCCCUUUCAUCCUCGCUGGCGUCGCUGACAUGGGCGAGUUCGAAUGCCGUUUCGGUAGAGUCCUUGGUUACGAUGAAUGAUUUGAUUGAUGCCAGGUCCUUGCCGUUGUCGUGGGAGAACUUUUCGACAAGAGAAUGCGUCGUGAACAAGGUGGUCGGUAAGCAUGAUAAGGACUUAAAUAUCCUCGAGGGGGUCGUACAUGAGGCGAUUGCAAGGCAGCAACAUACCCUUCAACAGCAACAGCAGCUGCAUCAAUUAAAUCAGGAACGCGACCGUGAGUACAGCCCAGCGUCAUCGCAUACACAAAGAAGGAUUUCGGGGGUAUCGAAUGGCUUCAGCAAUGCAGCCGCAAUUUCAGCCGGAACGGCGAGUCAUCGAACAUCCAAACCUAUGGACGCGUCUUCAUCAGCCACGAAUCGCUCAUUGCCAACACGUGCGACCCGAAGCAGGGCGCAUGGAUCGGAAAGGACUAGUCAUGGAGGAGGCAGUAAUCUGGUGGCACAUGAGGACAUCGAGCUCGUGUUAAAGCAAAGGCGCAAGAGAAAGAUGGAGGAGAGGAGACGGCUAGGCAGCAAGGCGAGCUCGAGGGAAGACGAGGAUGAGGACGACGAGAGGCGUACACCACUGGAGGACGAAGAUGAUGAAGAGGACGAGGGAAAGAGGCAGAUCUUCGGAAGAGAUCGAAAGAGGGAGGCUGGGCGCAAGAUCCAUAGAGACAAGACACAGAAGCCUCGUCCAACAGCGGCGUCGACAAAAGCAUUAGCGAGAGCAAAAGUCGCCCCUGCUCGCUAUCGCCAUGAGCCUGCAGGAUCCUGGGAUGAGGAUUCGUCGAGCGGGGAGGAGAGGGAGGACCAUCGCGACACUACUUACGGGAAAUCGAUCCGCAGGAAACAAACCAUGUCUGAGCCCAAGGUUGCAGAACAGAUACAUAUUUCAGCACAGACGACCGCCACGACAACACCAAGCAUGGUUUCGAAGACAAAGAAGUCUGUGGAGGAAAAGUCCGUCCCAGUAAACCAUAUGCGGACGAACCCCAACACGCCUGUUUCGGUAGCUGUAUUAUCGUCUGAUGGUAUUCGACGUAACAAGAAGGUCUGGUCGCGAGGCAAGAACACGAGGAAGGAGGACGAGGUUAUUGAUACAACCAGUGACGACAGCGGUUCUGGAGAUGAGGGCAUGGAUGGGGACAGCAAGAUGACGCUUGACAAGUUUGAGUCUCGUUCGACAUCGCUUGAGGCACUGAAUACGAACAGAAGGAUAUCUGUGGCUGCUACAAUUCCGGUCACCAAGGCCUCACAUCACACUACCAAGGCAGGGGUGACAAACCCAUCCGCAUCCAGCACUAAUGCCUCGACCUCCUCGUCAUUGCCGAGCGCUAGAGCUGGCCCCCAAGGGAGCACGAGCGACAUGAAUGAAGACGGCAAGUUCAGCAGCGGCAACAAUGCCCCUCAUCAGGAGUCUGGCGGUCGAACUCGUGCACGGGCCAGGUCGUUUUCGAGCACGAUUGUGACCACUGACAAAACCAACUUUUUCGAAUCUGCGCUGGACUAUAUCAGUCAGAAGAGACGUGAGACGCUAGCGAAAAAAAGGGCAGCACGUGCAGACGCCGAGGAGAAAGAGCGACUGGAACAGGAGCAGCUCGAGCAGCGUGAAAAGGAGGAAGAGGGGCGUCAGGAGGCCAUAGCCCGACUCGAGCAGCAAGGCAAGGCACAAAAGAUUGAAGCUAGCAAUCUUCCCAAAUCAUCAAAGUCGUUGCCUGGGCGUGUCUUACGGAGAAGCAAGGUGGAUGGGUCUGCGGUGGAGGACUCUGUUGAUCCUGAUUGCACCUCUUGUCGAUUGGAGCUCUCUGCGGAAGACAAGGCCAUGUGGAAGGCUGCACAGGAGACGGGCGAGAUCCGGUUGCCGAGGACGUGGGGUACACAUGCGAUCCUUUGCGCGACAUGCAAGCAGCAGUACUUGGAUCACCAUUCGCGAUGCACAGCUUGCUUCUACGUGCCGGUGAGGGAAGAGAUGGCCGCGUCAGGCGCCUCCUGCAGUCGAUGCAAAGCUGGUACAUGGUUAAUGGAGGCUGUGCGUGAUCCUCCUAUUGCUGCUGUCGUGGCCGAGAGGAAGAAUAAUCGUCAUAAGAACAUAUCCGAUGUAUCGAUGUAGAUCUUCUUUCGAUUAAUUUGCGAAAAAAACGCGUGAACCUUGAACCUUGAUAAAGUUUUUGGCGUGUAACCUUCCAACCCCCCUUUUUUCCCCUUCUCUUCGGGGCGCGAACUUGGGAACUGUGCAGUGCACAACAGC